GCGAGGGGCGUGUCCUAGCGGCGCGGCCUGACGGCGCGGCGGCCCCGGGUCCGGCCGGUUCCUCCGCCUCGGCACACGCGGCGCGCGGUGUGCGCGGGGCAACAUGGCGGACUCGGAAGUCUCUGUGGUGCCGAAGAAGCACAAGAAGAAAAAGGAGCGGAAGUCUGUGCCCGACGAAGACGUUGCUGAAAUCCAACACGCUGAAGAAUUCCUUAUCAAGCCCGAAUCCAAAGUAGCUCAGCUGGACACGUCUCACUGGCCUCUGUUGCUAAAGAACUUCGAUAAGCUAAAUAUAAGGACAACACACUAUACCCCGCUUCCCUGUGGUUCAAACCCUCUGAAGAGGGAGAUUGGGGACUACAUCAGAACAGGUUUCAUUAAUCUCGACAAGCCCUCCAACCCCUCUUCCCAUGAGGUGGUAGCCUGGAUUCGACGGAUACUUCGGGUAGAAAAGACUGGGCACAGUGGUACUCUGGAUCCCAAGGUGACUGGCUGUUUAAUCGUGUGCAUAGAACGAGCCACUCGCUUAGUGAAGUCACAACAGAGUGCAGGCAAAGAGUAUGUGGGGAUUGUCCGGCUGCACAAUGCUAUUGAAGGGGGGAGCCAGCUUUCUAGGGCUCUGGAGACUCUGACAGGUGCCUUAUUCCAGCGCCCCCCGCUUAUAGCCGCAGUCAAGAGGCAGCUCCGGGUACGCACCAUCUACGAGAGUAAGAUGCUCGAGUACGACCCGGAGAGGCGAUUAGGGAUCUUCUGGGUGAGCUGUGAGGCCGGCACCUACAUUCGCACACUGUGUGUGCACCUGGGGUUGUUGCUCGGCGUCGGUGGUCAGAUGCAGGAGCUUAGGAGGGUCCGCUCCGGAGUCAUGAAUGAAAAGGACCACAUGGUGACCAUGCAUGAUGUGCUCGAUGCGCAAUGGCUGUAUGACAACCACAAGGACGAGAGCUACCUGCGGCGAGUCAUUUUCCCCUUGGAGAAGCUGCUGACGUCGCAUAAGCGGCUGGUCAUGAAGGAUAGCGCGGUGAAUGCCAUCUGCUAUGGGGCCAAGAUCAUGCUUCCUGGUGUGCUUCGCUAUGAGGAUGGCAUCGAGGUCAAUCAGGAGAUCGUGGUUAUCACCACCAAGGGGGAGGCCAUCUGCAUGGCCAUUGCACUCAUGACCACGGCAGUGAUAUCCACCUGUGACCAUGGCGUCGUGGCCAAGAUCAAGCGAGUGAUCAUGGAGAGAGACACUUACCCUCGGAAGUGGGGCUUAGGGCCAAAGGCGAGUCAGAAGAAGCUUCUGAUCAAGCAGGGGCUCUUGGAUAAGCACGGCAAGCCCACGGACAGCACCCCUGCCUCAUGGACCCAGGACUACGUGGACUACAGCGACUCAGGGAAGAAAGAGGCAGCACCCGGAGCAGUGGCAGCCCCGCCAGUGCCUCCUGGUGAUGGAAAGGUCCAGAAGCGGAAGCGCGAGAGUGAAAGUGAUGACUCCCCAGCAACUACACCAGUGGUCAAGAAAGAAAAGAAGAAGAAGAAGGACAAGAAGGCCAAGGAAGCUGUGGAGAUGGUGGAUGAGCCGGGAGAUGGGGACAGUGAUGGCGUAAAGAAGAAGAAGAAGAAGAAGAAAAUCAAAACCGAAGUGGUUUCCAAGUAGCGCGGACUAUCCAAGCGCUGGGUCAGCGGGGAGAAGAAACGAAAGCCUUACCGAAAACAGUUCCUUAGGUGGUUGAGGGCAUAGGACCUAGGGCCUUCUGGCACGUUCUAGCCACCGGGAGACCUUGCCGGUCAGAUCUGCUGUGGCCAGCCGACCCCAUCCUGUUUUAGGGCAUGGGUGGAGGAGGCACCGUCUACACGGCCUUGCCCGCGUCCCCGUCUUGAUACGAAGUUUGUAAAAAUGAGAUGGUCAAUGAAAUGAUGCGGAGCCCUCGGUGAUCCAGAGUUGGACUGGAUAAUGCUCCUAGGCUGCGGGAAGUGUUCGUCAUUCUGUGAGGAACAUGAGCCCCACUUCCAGUCACGGUUCUGAGGUGAACUUGGCCCUUUGGACCUAGCUCUCUGCAGAUGCUUGAUGCUAGCAUCACCCCAGAAGCCACAGUCCCCGUCUCCUUUACCCUUAUCAGCUGUUAAAGGAAGAAAUAGUUACUGGGAGAAGACUUGUCAUUUUGACCUAAUAAACGAAG